UGGUGUUCGGUGUUCUUAUUAUACCCAAUUGUUAUAAAAUCUACGUCCACCAGGCUGUUUCUAGGUUCUCACUACAUUAGAGGUUACGACUACUUCAAGAGUGAUGCUAACAAUGGCUGGAAUUUUGCCCCGAAUGUGGAUGCGGACGACUUUGCAGCUUACUUUCUUGGUAAGCCUAAUGGUCAGCAUGGACAAGUUCCAACAGCUUUUACAGAUGGAUAUAUGGUUCAAAUGUACCAUCUUGUUAACGAAGCUGUGCGCGAAAGACUGACCGACCUUGUUCUGGAUUUUAAUUCUAAGUACCAGGAUAACUAUUCCGUUGCUGAAAAGUUACAGCGUCAUGCUAAGUUUCUGGUAACAGUGUAUUUCAAGUAUGGACAUAAUUUGGGAUUCCUGUUUGAGGCAUAUCUGGACUUGGUUUGCACUGUCAUGCACAAUGUCAGAAAACUCUCAAAAUCUGUGGUAGCUGAACAAACAGUGACGCAAUUUGCGGAUCAGAAUCCCAUAAUCAAACUCCAUUUAUAUCGCGAGAUCGUGUACGUCGUCGACAACUUGGGCAACCUACUAAUGGAGCCGACGGCUAUUCGGAUUGCUGGAGACAUCCUCCAAGGGGAUGAAGAAUUCCUUAUCCCCCGAAUAUUC